GAUGGUGAACAUUACAGGCUCCUGCACAACGACUUGCGUAUGCGCUGUGGGUGCGGUCGGCUGCAGAACAAAGGGCUGCGGUACGGCCACAGGAGAGCUGUCGCCGCCCGGCGAGUUAACGCUUACUGGCUGUUCCGCCUCCGUGUGCUGUAGCUUGCCGUCGCCUGUAAAAAUGAAAAGAUUCGAUGAAAAGGAGAGCAUAUCAGGAGUUCAGCAGCUGAAAUCUUCAGUGCAAAAGGGCAUCAGGGCGCGUUUGUUAGAGCUUUACCCUCACCUGGAGAAUUACAUCGACCAGGUCCUGCCCAAGAAAGACACUUUUAGGAUUGUAAAAUGUCACGACCACAUUGAGAUCAUGGUGAACAGCGCAGGCGAACUGUUGUUCUUCCGUCAACGCGAAGGACCCUGGAUGCCUACACUGCGAUUGUUACAUAAAUAUCCGUUUUUCCUGCCAAUGCAGCAAGUGGACAAAGGAGCUAUCCGCUUCGUACUCAGUGGUGCCAACAUCAUGUGUCCUGGUCUGACGUCACCAGGGGCGAGAAUGACGCAAGUGGACAAGGGACAAGUCGUCGCUGUUAUGGCUGAAGGAAAGGAGCACGCCUUGGCUGUUGGAUGUACAGCUCUCUCUACUAACGAUAUAGCAAAGGUGAACAAAGGCGUGGGAAUAGAGAACUGCCAUUACCUGAACGACGGACUGUGGCAGAUGAAACCCGUCAAGUAGAGCUCCGAGCGUUUAAAAAAUAUAUUUUACAAAAUAUGUUUAAACUACUUC